AUGGUGGAGGAAUAUAGUGACUAUGGUGGGAACGAUGACCUGCAGGAGGUUGAUUACACGGUAAAUAAGGAAUGUCUUCAAAGUAGGACAGAGAGUGCACCGUUUACUGAAGAGCGUUUAGUUCAAAUCUUAGAAGGCGUGUUUUCGGACGAAGAACAAGUAGACGAUAAUUAUGAUCCUAUUAAAACAGCCCUAGAACGGUUGACGGAAGUUUCCUCACGGCACAAGUUUGUUGUUAACGUUACGGAAGUGCGAGGAACAUCUAGGGAAGGAUUGGAAAUAUCUGGGCGGCUAGGCGCAUCCUGGGACGCAGUUAAGGACGGCAUGUAUAAUCACCGUGUAACGAAAGGUGGAAGUGAAUUUUUAAUUACUGUGUUGUGGCUUAUUAAAUAG